CAAGCACAAUUGGGUAGCUAUCCUCUCUCAUUCAUUGUCAUUCUCAUCUUCAGUGGCAACAAUGGCGGCAGCAGCUCUUGCAUCUCCUGCAGGUCUUGCCACCUCAUCCGCCCUUACCCAUGCCAGAUCUCCUCGAUGCAUGCUUCAUCAAACCUCUGAGUUUGCAGGAUCCUCCAUGAGGCUGGGAAGUCCUCUAAGAAAGCAAAAGACCCGGGCACCUGCAACAAUUACAUGUUUUCAGAGAGAUUGGCUGAGGAGAGACUUCUCUGUGAUAGGAUUUGGUCUGAUUGGGUGGAUAGCUCCUUCAAGCAUUCCAGCCAUUAAAGGGGAAAGUUUGACAGGCCUUUUCUUUCAGAGCAUUGGCAAUGAGCUUGCCCACUGGCCUACUGGUCCUGCACUCACAUCUCCUUUCUGGUUGUGGUUGGUCUGCUGGCACUUUGGAUUAUUUGUGUGCCUCACUUUUGGGCAAAUUGGUUUCAAGGGAAGGGGUGAUUACUUCUGAGGGUUUGGCCUGCAUAUGCUUUUCAAUGUAAAUCUAUGUUUCUUUUUCCAUAUCUCUAUUUUCUGAAGAAGUAAAAGUUUAUGGGUAUAUAUAAAUAUUUGUUA